ACUUUUUUCAUUUAAUUGUCUCGACUUUUAAAUAUUGUUGAUAGUUUUGUCUAUUUGUUUGUCACCUUUUAUUAAUUUUUUUCCGCUCUGAGUAAACAUUAUUAUCGUUAUUAAGUUUGUUACUUUUUCUGUCUUUAGUCUCAUGGUGAAUCCAAGUUGAUGAAGGGAUGAAAGUUGCUUCAACGUUUGCGCUUCCUUUCAUUCCAAUUGAUAACUAAACAUUACAUGAGUUUCAAGUUGCAUCUUUACAUUACUUUCAUCAUCAUUUUUGAUUCAUUUAGACCAAUUAGGUUGAGACAUUAAGACACGUUUCCAGGAAAGUUUACACAAUGAAUUGGACUGUUUGCUAAUGUUAAGAUAUUCUGAAGUUCAGUUCUUGAUUCAAUAUGGAAGUCAUUUGUAGAGAAAAGUUUCAUUCGGUUUAUCCGAAGAAAUUGAUAUGAAAGGGAAAUUUAAUUAUUGUAAUUAUUCGAGGAUUGCAUAUCAAGUCAUUACAUAUGUAAUUAUCCAAGUUUCUGGUUUUUCUUGUCAACUGAUGCUUGGGAAAUUAGUCGAUAUCAAAUCUUUUGAACAAUAAUCAGAUUUUACACUUAUGAAAGCUAUCAAAUUAUGUUAUUUCUUUAUAAGAACUGGACAAAUAUUCAAUGAUAGUCACAGAAUUUGCAGAAAUCGAUUGAACUAGAAAUUGAUCAUUUUGUUUCAUUGGAAAUAGAGAAAGAAAUCAAGAUAUGAUAAGAUGCAGCAAUGAAAUUAUUUCAUAUCUAGUCACAGCUCUGAAUUCAGUAGAUAAACAUAACUUAUCAGUAAGCUCGGUGCAAAAGUAUUUAGAAAAUUCAUUUUAAUUAUGAAUCACGAUUUGGCUGUAUUUAUGAGAAUAGUGAGUACAACUUGAAUGGAUGAUUCGGAGAAUUGAUUUGUGUGAAAAAUUUUAUAUCAGCAUUUCUUAACAAUCAGUCAUCUUAUUUCAAUAAAAUAACAAAUAUAAUGAAAAAUACAUGAAAAAUAGCCAUGAACAAGUUCAUAAUUUAAUCAAGAUGAAAUGUUUAUCAAGUAUUCAGUUGUUGGUAAAGAUUGGGCCGAUUUCUCGAUAAAGGCCCAAAACAGCCAAAGUCAAAACAGCCAAAUACAAAGCUCCUUAAAUCAAAUAAAACUACUUAAAUUAUCAGAUUUAUUAGGGGUAUCAAAAAGUACUUAUGUUUUUUACCGCUGACUUUUGCUUCAAUUUUGAAUAAGUUUGACUUGAUCAAUUGACGCAAUAAUUUUAAGAACACAAGAACAUCGAUAUAGAUGUAUGAAGACCAUUUUUUAGCAUAUACAGUUCUGCGAACAACUUAAUCAUAUAACUCAGAAUAAGGUAUUGUUUUCUUGUCCCCUGUUAAUCCAAGGCAAUCGAUGAAUGCAACUUAUGUAUUUUCCAAAUAUUAACUGUAGACGCUUGGUGACUUCGUCAUUCAAAAUUUUAGGUAAUUUUAUGCGAUGAGCGAGGUCUUUUUCUUCAUUCUUUCCAUCUUUUUUAAAACUUUUAUCCAUUGAAUACAGGAUACAAAGAAUGCAUAGUAUCAUAUAAACCCAUAGAUGGUAGUGUUUGUAGGGCAUUUCAAGAACAACUUCGUCUAGAUGGACAUGUUCCAACCCGGGAUCACGACGAGUUAUGGUAAACAGGUCUUGCUUCCAAUAGUAAUUUAGUAUCGCAGCUGCAGGUGUGUUAAAAUUGAUACGUUUGAUUGCGCUUCCAAGCCCAACAAGAUGAACGAUGAAAAUGGAUAAAAUUGCAAAUGUCCACGUUGAAUGGAGUUUCACAUUUAUUUAGAUUGUGAAAAUAUGUAUUAGAGGUCAUUCAAGGUGAAUUCAUCAUUUGACUUCUAAUUGACAUUGGGAAGUCAAUUCUGAAAUCGCACAAUUUUUCAUAUCGAUUAAUGAUAGCUAGGUGUCAUAACUCAUACUGGCCAAAGUAUAUGAGUGACUCCAUAUCGUUCAAUUGCUUUUUUGAAAGAUUCAUUUAUCUUGGCGAGAGUCAUGAACAUGCGACGGACAUACACCGACUGCAAAAUUUUUCGGUCUCAGAAGAUUAUCUUCCAAUGUCAAUUAGAUGCUAAAGAAUUGACCUUGAAUGACCUUGAGCGUAUUUGCUGCCAAUCAGGUACAAUGAUGAAUUUUACUUGAUUGCAAAUUGGCAAGUUAAACGAAAAAAGUAUAUAAAGUUCAUAAGAUUUUAUUUUAGUCGGCUAUUUUACAUUGUAUACGCAUUUCCAGACUCCAGAAAAGGAAAAGAGAUGAUGUACUGUUCGGUAGUGUUUGUAGGGAAUUUUAAGAACAACUUCGUCUAGAUGGACAUGUUCCAACCCGGGAUCACGACGAGUUAUGGUAAACAGGUCUUGCUUCCAAUAGUAAUUUAGUAUCGCAGCUGCAGGUGUGCUAAAAUUGAUACGUUCGAUUGCGCUUCCAAGCCCAACAAGAUAAACGAUGAAAAUGGAUAAAAUUGCAACUGUCCACGUUGAAUGGAGUUGAAAGAUGUAGCUUCGAUAUUACUGGAUAAAUUAAACACUAAUGUAAACACAAAAGAUGUAGCUUGCCUAAGCACAGGUGGAAGGUGCACAGGCAAAAUCAAGGGGCAGACUUGGGGCAAAAAUUUUGCAUCUGAGCUUGAGUUAAUUGAGGUGAGCCAGCAUUUAAACACUCGAAUGAAUCUCCAAAGAACUGUUUCAUAAAAAUUAAACCCUGGAGAUGGAUAAAAUUAAAAUUGUCACCGUUGAAUGGAGCUUAAAGAUAUAGUUGUCGAUUUGGGUGGAUGAACGAUAACCGAAAACUGAUCUGAAAGUAUUAUGGAAUUUGCCGACUCUUGGAGACAAGAUUUUUAAUGCCCCCUAGUCAUGACUUCGAUCAAACACAAGCUAUCGCUCUGAUGGUUCACAAUAGCAUUAUGCAUCUAUCGAUCUACUUGUCAACUAACUUAUAAGGGAACUUCAAAAAGUGAUACCAACCGAUUACGAUGUUCUAUAGCUCAUUCAAAAGUCUGUAAUAAAUAAUUUUGAAACGUCGGAUUCUUUUUAUAAUAUGAAAAUUCAGUCUUUUGUCUUUCAUUUGGUACUACGAUCAUAGUUUUAGGACAAACAGAUAGCGUGCGAAUCGAUUUUGAAAAAAAGCCGAUGAAAAAAAAUUGAGUGCCGAUUUUCGAUAGAAGACCCUGUAACUUUUGUAAAAGUGUGUAUCAGCAGCUAAAAAAUGAAACUCCCUAUCUACCCAAAGCGCGCUUUCGAAUGAGCUAUAGAACGUCAAAAUCGGUUGGUAUCUCUUGUUGAAGUUCCCUUGUUAGUUGGAAUUUUUGACAAGAUUAGUUCUGGUGUAAUAAGUUAGUCCCAUUGAAUCCAACAUGUACUGUGCUCAAAAAAAAUACAAUCGUUUUUCGAUGAUUGAGCAAUUUUCUUGCAAUAAUGAGCAAUAAUUGACAGUUUCACAUUUCGUUUCUAAUCAUGUUUCCAGUUUAAUAAGCAUCGAGUUGAAGGUCUGAUCACCUUUUUAAUUUAGCUUUCAAAAAUAUUCACCUCUUUUAGGAUUGACCGCUCAGCGCUAAUGAGAAUAAACAUUUACUUACAAGUGAUAUUGAGACAAGUUACCUGUUUAUUGUUAGUAUUUAUAUUUGUAUAUUACAAUAGUUGGUAAAUAAUGACGAUCUAGUUUUAUGGUUAAAUAAGUUUGUGAGUAUGAAACAUGAAAUGAAAAAAGUUCAUAAAACAAUUGAUGUUCUAUGAAUUUCUUCGAAUGCGCACAAAUUGUGGUUCAUUAUCAAUAACCAUCAGAAGAAGAUUGAUAAUAAAUGCUCUUGAGCAAUUAAAAUUUCACAUUUCUAUUUCUCAUUUCACAAAUGACAAAAUGGAUUCAUAAAUAGCCUUACAAAAGCACACAAAGACUAUAAAUUUCGAAAUCGAAAAACAGGCUAAUUUUUUUAUAUUGGUUUUGAAGGUCCGAUUCACAUAAUUAUCGGAGCGUAGUGAAACGAAGUGGAGAUUUUAACUCGCACUACCGUAAACUCAAAUUCACUUUCAACUUUUUUGUCCGGCAACGGCUUAACUAAAUUUCAUCAAACUUAAUAUUAGAACAUAGUUAAUCAUUUUGAAGAACUGAAGUGAAAUCCAAGGUCAUCGGAGGUCAUUUGUCGGGAUUUCGACCUGUGACUUUUAGAGGUCAUUUGAAGGUCAUUUAUCAUUUUUUGACAGUUUUUUAUCACUUCGAUUGAACUGCAUCAUUAUAUCAUCAUUAGUUAUCGAAAUAUGACUCCAAACAUGCAAAAAGUUACAAACUCCUGGAAGAGAAAUUUACAUUUAGUUCACGAAUAGUUCUGUUUUCGAGCUUGAUAUUAGCAAGAUGAUCGAUUCAGGUAAUUUGAAAGAAUGGUAACAAAAAUUUAGACCAUCGUAGGUCAUUUGUCGGAAAUUCGACCUUUGACCUUUAAAGUUUAUUUGAAAGUCGUGUAUGCAUCCUCAAUGCUUUUGGACCUCUACAUGAAAGAUCCAACACCAUAGCAUCAUUAAUGAUCGAUAUAUGACUAGAAAUAUUAAAAAUGUCCUUCAAACUCACUAAAAAACUAAACCUUUCUGCAUCUCGAAACAAGUUAAAGCAAAAGAUAUUAACUUUGCAAAGUCUACACUUGCAGGACGUUAGAAAAACAGUUUCUUUCUGUAAUAACGCAACUCCUCAUAUGUGACAUGAAACAUUUUAUUAUGUGUUCAGCGCACAUAGAUGUGUCAUAUGCAAAGAUGGGCGAAGGUCAGAACGCAAAAAAUCCUCAGCGUAAUAGUGAAUUUAAUUAUUACGCAUUAAGCAAGAAUUUAAAGAAACAAAAUUUGUUGAAAUUAAUAAAAAUUAUCCAAUUUUUCGAUAAAUGAGUGAGAACGUUCAUGUUUGAACAAUGUCUUUGAAAAAAGAAUCAAAGCAAUAUGCGGAAAGAUUAAAACCUCUUGACUGAAAUCUUCGUGUUUUAUGAGGAACAUCUUGCAAAUGCUCUUAUUAAACUCUCAUAAGCAAAAUUCUUGCAUUAAAAAUAUUCCAUUAUUUAUUUAAAUCAUUUCGUUGACUGUAAUUUAUAUAAAUAUCAACAAAAAUUUUUCCAUUGACUUAAUAAUGUUCACUGCAUUUCAUUGCUGCACGCUCCGAUAUUGACGAUCGAUCGUCUGACCUAGUGAUUAAUGAAGUCUUGAUAUCGACAAGUGAGUUCGGGAGGUUAGCAUUGUUAAGAUUCGUCAUUGCUCUCAAUAAAUCAUCAUUUUUACUCAAUCUUCUAGUUGAGACUGAACUCUUGCGAACCUGGAAAGUUCAAAAUAUUAAAUGUUUCUAUUUGUUCAAUAAAUUGUUCAAUUGUUGAAAACAACAGAGCAGAGCCUAAUGCCAAGUAAUCACAGGAUAUAAACGAAUUUAUCCUUCGAUGAAAAAUGUAAAAUAAGUUGAAAAAAAUUGAACAAAUAAGAAACUAAUCAACACAAUGUUUCAAUAAAAUCAAUUCAACAGUUUUCUUGAACCAUAAGAAGAGCUGCCUUUAUCCAUCCAGAUAUUGGCUUGGAUUUAAAAUUAAAGUCUGAGAAUUGCUUUAAUGAUUUCAUUGUUUACCUUUUACUCUACAUUAGAUUACAUUGUUGCACCGAGUCAAGAAGAAAAAAUCUGUUGAGGGAGGAAUAAAAAUAUGGUGAACAAAACAGAGAAAUGUUGAAGUUGAACAGAAUAUGAAUUAUAAAACGAAUAGGCAAGAAAAACAAUAAAGAAUUACAUUCGAAAGAUAAUAAGUAGAAAUAAUCAGGAGAAAGAAUUAGACGAAAUAUUAGGCGAAUUGCAAGAUAAGUCUAAAUAAUAUGGAAUGACAAUAAGCAAAAGAAGAAGAAGAAGAAGGAAAGAAUGAAAAUGAUGGAGGGAAGCUCAUCAAAUAACCCUGGGAAUUUGUGAAUACUCAGAGAAAAAGACAGAUGAAGAAAAGGCAAAAGGAAUUAACAAUUACAGGAGAAGCUUAUCGACACAUUAUGAGAAUAUUUUAUCAAUUUGCAGUUCAAUUCGUUGUAACUCUUUUCAUCUCUCAAACAAAUAGCAUUCUUCUGACUGAGCUGCUGCUGCUAAUAUUGACUGAGUUGUUAACCAAGCAAGCAAAUAAUGAAAAUACUCAAUAUCCUAUUAAAAGUAAGGGAUAAAUAAAGAAGAAACAUAAAAAAACAGAUUUGCUUUUCACUUGUUGAUUGAUGAUUCUCCCUUGUACCAAAUGUAACAAGAUAAGUUGAGGUUGAAAAUCAGGGAAUGAGCAAUGGAAUCAUGUUAUUAAGUUAUGUGAUGAUGCAUUUGUAAUAACAUGGAGCCAGGCAAGAAUAAUGUUAAACAGAUCAAGAUUGGGUGAAAAGUUAACACAACCAACAACAAUGGAAAUCGAGAUAAAUUUAAUUUCCGAGUUUCAUUCUUUUCUCCCAUUUUUCACCCUUUUUUUAUUCAAAAUUUUGCCUCAAUUUAUUGUUUCCUUUUCAACUGAAUGUUUCUUUUUUUAGUCAACCUUUCACUCAACGAUACAAUAACUUGUCGCUUUGACUCUGCUAUUUGUGCCCUUUUCAAUGUCGAUAGAGUUUUGAAGAGAUGACAAAAUAUUUGCUCAUUUCUUUUCCUCUCUACCUUUAACCUUUUCCAACAGGUUCACCCAUUUCCAUGUAACCAAUUCAUUCAAAAUUCAUUUGAAGCAAAUCAUGCAAAAUCUUUAAAGUUAUGAAAAUUCAUAUCAUGAAGUAAAGUGGGCUGUAAAGGUUGAACAAGAAAACUGAAUAACUUGGAAUUGAGAUGAAAAUGAAUAGAGUAAAUGAAUGAAUAAUCAGUUGAAGUAAAACUUUGCUCAAUUUUUUGCCUCUUUUCAACUCUUUAACCCUUUGCUUCAUCAGCAGGCAAGAAAAGAGAGAAAAUUUUCUGUAAAAUUUUUUUCCAUCUUUUUAUCAUUGCUUCUCAUCCUAUCUUUUGCCUCACUCAACAUCAAUCUGGGAACCUCUAAAUGAUCCUAAUCCUUGGAUCAAAGUUUUUUAUUUUCAUGUUUAGUAAACAGAGAAAAUGUGAAACAACAGAACAAAUGUCUUUUUCCAAAGUUUUUGCCAAAUUUUUAACCAUUUUCCCUGUUUCAAUGAAAAGAACCAAAAAAGCGAUUUCAUUAUAUUCGUUCAACUAAUUCAACUAAUUCGCUGCCUUUUUCUUUUACUCCUACUUUUUGCCUGAUGAUACUUUUUCUCCUUUUCUCAUCAGAACAUUGAAUCUCUUCUAUCAACCUCACAUGCCCUGUUUCAUGUGUCAACCUUUACAAACUCACCAAACUGGCUCACUCACUUUACUUAUCAAUUCUCAUUUCUCUUCAUUCACUCCCAGUCAACCUUUUCAAUUUUCCUUUAUUCAACAACUUUUUUUUUGUUUCUCGCCUCAAUAUUUUUUGCUUUUCCAAACUUUGUUUUAUCUUUUUGCAUUCUUUCCUCAUCAUCAUUAAUAUUAUCAUAAUAUCAUCAAGUUCACCAUCAUCAUUCUCAUCAUGUAGCCUUUGCUUACAACAGGAACAGCCAAGUAAUACAAGGUUGCUGAUAACUAAAAGGAAAGAAUCAAAAAUUGAAUACAAAAUUGAUGUGAAAACAAUUUACAGAGGAUCAAUUGUUUAGGUGAAAUAAGUUGUGCAAAGUCGACUCUUUUUUUUUGUUUCUACUCUUUGUUUCAUCUUCUGCCUCGAUCACAAUUUGUUGUGUCUACAAAAUGUUUACAGACGAUGCUUCAUUAAUUCGCUUGCAUCUUCCAAUUUACAUUUGUUAUCAUUUUCAUCAUCUCAUUAUCAUCGGAAUCACCGUCAAACUAUGAUUAAACAGUGUUUACUUUAAUGAAUAAAUUUCAAGAGGAAAUUGAAUUGGAAAGCAAUUGGAUUAUUUUUAUUUGAUACUUUAAUUUGGGAAUUGAAUCCAAUUUUUUUCUUUCCUAUUUCCUUACUUUUGCUUUGUUUCUUAAUCUUCAUCUUGUUCUUCUUCUUCUUCUGUUCGAUAAAAAUAUCGUCGAGUUGAAAUUUCCUCACAUCAUCAUCAUGAGUUUACCAGUAGAUGAUCUAUGUAACAACAGCUUGUGUAAUGAAACUACAACCGAAGGAACCUCAUUAGUAACACUAACUAUUGAUGAUUUGAAAGAGCUUCAUCGGAUUAACAAUGAUCCAUGCCUUUAUGCUUAUUGUAUACUUUUUGGUAUUGGUUCCUUUGGCAACUUUUACGCUCUCAAAGACCUGGUCAAGGCUCGCCAACUCAGCCAAUAUAUUAACCUGCUCAUGGCUCAUUUAACUUUUGCCGAUCUUUGUGUCAUCUUUAUCUCACUGCCCAUUGAGAUAAUGUGGAGGAUUACAAUCUCAUGGAAUGCUGGUGAUACUAGUUGCCGUGUAAUUCAAUCCGUUAGACUCUUUGGAAUGUACCUGUCAUCCAACAUUGUUGUCUGUAUUUCAAUUGAUCGACUUCAUGCUUUCACUCGUUCAUCCAGAACAGGGUAUCGAAAAUAUUCGAAAACAUUUCUCAUUUCAGCUUACAUAUUAGCAUUAUUUCUAAGUUUACCCCAGGCCGCAAUUUAUCGCGUUGAAUAUCAUCCAUCCUUUCCCGAUUAUGCUCAAUGUAUUCAAGCUAGAUGGUUUGUCGAUUCCAAGCUGGAAAAGUUUUAUAUUGCCAUGUGCCUACUGGGAAUGUACUUUGUUCCUCUCAUAGCAAUAGUCUUCUGUUAUUGUAAAAUAUUUUUUCACCUUCAUUUUGAUGGUCAAAGUAUUCAAUUUCAAGAUGCUUUAUAUGCUUUACAGUAUAGAGCUGUUGAUGCUCGAGAUAAUAAAGAUAUUCGUCGAGUGAUUGCUCGACAUCACGCUAAUCGCUAUUCAAUUAUUCUAAAAGCCAAACGUCGAACGCUGAAAAUGACAUUAAUCAUUGUGAUUGCCUACCUUAUCUGUUGGUCUCCGUACGCUUGUCUCAUUUUGUACUAUUCAUUUGACUACAAGUCUGCUCAAGAUAUUGAUCCAGCCAUUCAAGAGGGAAUCUUGCUUUUUGCUGUUGCUCACAGUUGUGUUAAUCCAUUUGUUUAUCGAAUCAAUCUUGUCCGUCGAUUUCCGAUAAGCUUGAACAGACCCUGAAAUGAUGGGUAAGAACCAAGGAAGUUAAACCACAGAAUCGUGUAUUACACUUGUCAAGGAUUCGAUUCCAUGCACAUUAUACGUUAUUAUAUUCUUUGGUGAAAAGAAAAUUUUAUCAUCUUUUGGCAACUUUGCAGUUUAUAACAAAUAUGAAUGAAAUAUCGGAUAAAAUAUAAACUCAAUAAUGAUAUCUGUUACAUUGAUAAUUGUCACUUCUAAACAUUUCAAUAAAAUAAAAUUGGUUGUGAGAGAGAAAGAUAAA